GAUACGUGGAACUCUAUUGAGAGAGGUGACGAAUUUGACCCAUUACUUCAUAAAUAGGAUGGGUUAUGACUUAAAAAAGAGAAUAUUGGCUAAAAGGAGGUGGAGAGGUCCAUACAAAUCCAACCACUGAGAACAGAGGGCUAGUCGGGUCACAAGGCUAGGAAGCAUGAACUGAUGGGAGACAAGGUUUGAAGAAACACAUAUCUAUGUAUUCAUACGGAUCUCUUUUUUUCUCCCUGCAUAGAAAAUGGUUAGAAAAAAAGAUUUUUGUUGUAUGGGUUUUUUUUCAUGAAACCAUUACUGACGUGAAAAUGGAAGACAACCAGUCUUUGAUGACGGGUCGUGUGAUCUUGGCAUUCGAUGCAACUAAAGAUCGAACUGAGAAGGAGUUUAAGAACGUCAUUAAAGAAAUCAAAGCUGGAGACGUGCUUAAGAGGGGAGAUACCAUCAUUGUGUUUGGUGUUAUGCAUAAGAUGUCACAUCCCUUUGGUUACCAAAUGAAGAUAGAUGGAGUAAACAUUAGAGCCGUUGAAGAAGAAAUUCAGUCGAAACUUGAUAUGUAUGCCAAAAUGUUACAGAAAAGUGCGGAAGAUUGCAAAGAAGUAGGGGUUGACAUAGAAGUCAAGAUUGUUUGUGGAAGUCCUAUUAAGAAAAUUAUUCAACAAGAGGCUUCAAACUGUAAUGCAACAUGGGUUGUCCUUGAUAGGAAUUUGAAACGGGAUGUCAAGUUUUACCAAGGUCAAAUCCAUUGCAAUCUGGCAUCAGUUUUAGACAACUUCUCAAUAAAUACUUUGAAAACAGAGCACACUGCCGAUACAGAUAACACAGAAGUAAAAGUGGUUCUUUACAGGUCAAAACACGUUCAGCUGUCAGCUCCACAGGAUAAAGAAAACGUUUACCAGUCAGUAAAAUCUCAUGGCUUUUCUGAAUCAUUUGGCUCGUUUGAAAACCUUGAAAUGCAUUCAAAGAAAGUUGUGCCUUCAUUAAUGCACAAACCGUCGCUUCAAAGUUCCUUAUUAACUGAUGAUACUGAUGGGGCAACAAAGCAUACCAUUUCAGGUUCUCUCUCUCGAGCUGGAAAUAAUCAUACUAGUUCUUCACAGAACAAAGGAAUUUUACCCCGAAGAAGUCCUAGGAGGAAAAGAUCCUCUACAGCACAUGUUCUGUGUAAUGAUUGCGGGAUGACGACUCAGUUAUAUAUCAAAGACUCGAUGAGAUUUAGUUACUCAGAAAUACAUCUAGCCACAAAUUAUUUUUCAGAAGAUAAUUUGUUAGGUGAAGGAGGUUAUGGUCUAGUUUACAAGGGUCAGCUCAAUGAUGGGCAGAUCAUUGCUGCUAAGGUUAGGAAACAAGCAAGCACACAAGGGUUUGAGGAAUUUAAUUCUGAAAUUUAUGUUUUGAGCUUCGCACGCCACAGAAACAUUGUGAUGCUGUUGGGUUAUUGCUGCAAGGAAGAUAUAAACAUAUUAGUUUAUGAAUAUAUUUGCAAUAGAUCACUUGAGUGGCAUCUAUAUGAUGAAGCAGCAGAUGUUCUUACAUGGCCUCAAAGACAUGCAAUUGCUGUAGGAACUGCAAAAGGAUUACGCUUUCUUCAUGAAGAGUGUCGCAGUAGUCCUAUCAUUCACCGGGAUCUUCGUCCAAGCAAUAUAUUGCUCACUCAUGACUUUGUACCAAUGUUAGGUGAUUUUGGCCUUGCGAAGUGGAAGACAAACGAUUCUCCAAUUCAGACCAGAAUACUUGGUACAUUGGGUUAUCUCGCACCAGAGUAUGCAGAGAAUGGUAUGGUUUCGACGAGAACAGAUGUUUAUGCAUACGGUGUUACUCUUAUACAACUAAUAUCAGGACGGAGAGCUGUUAGUUCAAAUUGUGAUGACAACUAUCAAUCCCUGAGACAAUGGGCGGAACCAUUAGUUGAGAACAUGGCAAUGCAUGAUCUGAUUGAUCCUCGCCUUGAAGAUUCUUAUGAUCUUUAUGAAUUGUACCAUAUGGCCAAAACAGCUUACUUGUGUGUGAAACUUGACCCUGAGAAACGUCCAUCGAUGGGAGAGGUUGUAAAGCUACUCGAAGGGGAGAGUGAGCAUUUUACAGCUUUAAGAGAUCAGUUUAUUACACAUUUUAACCCCUAAUGUAUUACACACACAACUGCACAUUUCGGGUCAGUUACUAUAUGGGGUUCGAUUAUCAUAUAUAGCAUGUAGGAAGACAAUUUGUACGACUUAUAAGAAAAGAUUAGAAUUUUAAUAUACGAAAACCAAAUUGUGCACUCUUUUGCUUGGA